CUAUAUUUGUCCACUUUUGACUUUUGGAACUGUUCAUCUAAGUACUUUGACUCAUCAAAUUCUCUCAAUGUGUAAGCCUAAAUAUAGUCAUGUGUGAUCUUGUUUGAUUUGUCUUAACAUAUAGAUUAUUAAUAUAUAAUUUCUAUAAUUUUUUAAUAUACAAAUUACAAGAUAAAAUAGAAUAAAGAAGUGCAUUGGAUGAAUAAUGAAAGGAGAGUUCUCUCUAUUCAGCGCCAUCAAGGCGCCCUUCACCAGACCACCGCCAUGGCUCAUCCUCCUCUUUUUCCUUCUCUUCGCCGCCACAUUUCUCUUCCGAUUCCAUAUUUCCAGGGGCGACGAGGCGGCCGCGAUCUUCCCCGAUUUUAUCUCCGGCGGCCGGCGGGGGAAGAGGAUCGGCAGCUGCUCGCAAUUCUUUACGCCGCCGGUCGAUCGGGACGGCCGGAAGGCGGUGGUCCGGUCGAUCACGGACUUCGGGGGAGUCGGAGACGGGAAGACGUCGAAUACGGCGGCGUUCCGGAGGGCGGUGGGGUUCAUGGAGAGUUUCCGGGAGAGGGGUGGGUCCCAGCUUAAUGUUCCUGCUGGGCGUUGGCUGACCGGGAGUUUCAACCUCACCAGCAAUUUCACUCUCUUCUUGCAACGCGGGGCUCUCAUUUUGGGUUCUCAGAACCCAGAAGAGUGGCCUAUCAUCGAGCCAUUGCCAUCUUAUGGAAGAGGAAGAGAAAGAUUGGGAGGGAGACAUAUUAGUCUUAUUCAUGGAAAUGCUCUUUCUAAUGUGGUAAUUACAGGGGAAAAUGGGAGAAUUGAUGGGCAAGGGAAGAUGUGGUGGGAGCUUUGGUGGAACAGGACACUAAAGCACACCAGAGGCCACCUUGUUGAACUCCUCAACUCACACAACAUUCUCAUCUCCAACCUCAUUUUCCUCAACUCUCCUUUUUGGAAUCUUCAUCCUGUUUAUUGCAGUGAUGUUGUGAUCCGAGACGUGACAAUCUUGGCUCCUCUCAACGCCCCGAACACAGAUGGCAUUGACGCAGAUUCAAGCACGAAUGUCUGCAUUGAAGAUUGUUACAUUGAGAGCGGUGAUGAUCUUGUGGCAGUGAAGAGUGGUUGGGACCAAUACGGGAUGAAAACAGCCCGGCCAAGCUCAAAUGUCAUAAUUCAGAGGGUUUCGGGCACAACCCCAACAUGUUCUGGGGUUGGGAUUGGGAGUGAGAUGUCUGGGGGUGUCUCAAAUGUUGUCAUUAAGGACCUGUAUAUCAGAGAUUCGGCAGCUGGGGUUCGGAUCAAGACUGACAAAGGGAGAGGAGGGUACAUCCGAAACAUCACCAUUCACAACAUCACAAUGGAAAGAGUCAAGAUUCCCUUAAGGUUCAGCAGAGGCGCCAAUGACCACCCCGACGAAGGGUGGGACCCUAAAGCUCUACCAGUAGUGAAGGGCAUAUCGGUCAGCAAUGUUGUGAGUUUGGAAACCAGAAGGGCACCUCUGCUGGAGGGCAUAAAGGAAGCACCGUUUGAGGACAUAUGCAUUAAAAAUGUUAGCAUAUUUGGCCUUGCCGCAUCAGCUAUUACAUGGAACUGUGAAUAUAUAUCGGGUGCCAGUCAUGACGUUUUCCCUUCACCUUGUCCUCAGUUGAAGAGAGAUAACUCUACGGCUCCAUGUGCUUAAGUUCAUUAGAUUGGUAAGUAC